GGGUUUGAUAAUCUUGAAUUUUCAACACAAUUCUCAAACUUCUUUCUGGCACCAAAUUUAUCCAUAAAAUGUCCAAGAUAUCCGAGUCCAUUCAUGAACUCUAAAGGGAAAGGUGCAUUCAACAGUAGAAAGAGAUCUACUUUAAAAUCUUCCAAUAAGCAGCUUAAAAAGAAUUGAAACGAAGAAGAUACUUACCUAAUCCAAAGAGACCCAAAAUAGCAAAAGCAUCAGCUCUCAUUUUAACAGUUUCUUGGACCAGAGCUUGUUCAAGAUCAAGAGCACUACUCUGACCACUGCCAACAAGGAUGUUAAGAAGAACAGCUUCUUCCGCUGUCAUAGGAGAAAUAAGAAGUCUAAAAACACUGACCUCAAGGAUCAGCUUAUCACUACUUCAUCAAGGUCCAACUCCGUGAACAGUAAAGCUAGUAAGAGCUUUACAAAGAUCUCUGAAGACCAGUCUGAUCUUCAGAUAAAGAAGCAACUUAACAAGUUAAAAUAAUAGGAAUAUUAAGCUGAACUCUCAAUCUAUCCAGGCUAAUGACAAAAAGAGUAAUAAAUUUGAGGUGCUUUCCAUUACCGACUACAACAACCUCAUGAUAAGCACCCCUUCUAGAGUGAUUAGGCAUAAUAAGACGAUGGAUUUGAAAUAAGAAGAGUUUUAAAGAUUUAUGAAUCACUUCAAGAAGAUUCCAGUGAUUUAGAAAAGUCUCCAAUCAGGAUUAUAUAUGUAUGAUUAUGCCAAUGACCCUUAGCACUGCCAAAGAGAGAGAGUUUUAGGGUUGAGAAGUCUUUAAUGACUGAAGAAAGGGGUGGACUAAGAACUUCAGCUAAUAAAAAGACACCUAGUUUGUACCAAAAGUCUCAAAAUCAUUUUGGGCUGAAUCUCUCUAAAGUGCCCUUAUUACCUUUCAAAUCUUCGAUGAAAUCAAAAGCAGGGAGAUAUCUGAAUGUAAAACCUUGCAAGAAUAAGCAUGUUAUUAAAAUAGAAAAGAUUCAGAACACUUCAGAACUUAAUGCUGAUAUAGGAAUUGAGAAUGAGUCACAAGAUAUUUAAAGUACAAAUUAGCAAUUCUUUUCUCUGGUAAAUAAAUUUACUAAUCAGAAAGAGCAGGUUGAUCAUAAGUUGUAGUUUCAAUAUUUUA